CUGAGCUGUUUCUCGACCCCAGUUAGCCGAGCAUGCCAGUGGUGAGGCGGAUUCAGUUGCUGGAUGGAUGCACUUUUUCCUGACUCAACCUCAUGGACUCUGACACAACUUUCAACAUGUUCUACAAGGAUGACGAGGAAGGUAUUGAGCUGUCGGACAGACAGACGAAAGAGCCUUUGCUUCCUUCUCUGCCCUCCCAUAGGACAUUUGACUAUGUUUUGGUGGCCGACAAGGUGGAUGAUGAAAUGGACCAAAAGUCUCAGAGACAGAAGGCCUUUAUUGAGCAACUAGAAAAGAAAAACAUCAAAGUCACUAAAAUCGUCCACUAUGACAAAGUGUUUUUCGGCCUGCGUGCUCCUAAAGAGAUGUUUGAAGAUUAUCAGUACCUGCUCAAAGUCUCCGACUCCUGCAACUGGUGUGGAGAUGUGCGGGGAGCCGUCACACAGGCUACCAGGAUACGAAUCGUUCAUUUUAUUCUUCAUCAGACCUUCAUCAACACAGGAGAGAACCUAAGGGAGCUGUUAAUGAAGGAUGUCUUUGAAACCAUGUUCUGCCUCCAUGAGAAAAAGACGCAGAAACAGCUGACAAAGAAGUGGGCUCGAUGGUCAGCUCUUUUUAAAGGACAACCAGUCAGUGAUAUCAAGUAUUAUUUUGGGGAGAAGGUGGCUCUGUACUACCUGUGGCUGGGAUGGUACACUAAAUUGUUAGUUCCAGCUGCUGUUCUGGGUGUCAUAGUGUUCCUGUAUGGGCUCGCCUUUUUUAACACUAGCCCUCUCAUUAAGGAAGUAUGCCAUUCCAACAUCACCAUGUGUCCUCGCUGUGAUAAAAGAUGUCCACCGUGGCAACUCUCAGACACCUGUUUGUACGCUAAGGUCAGUCACUUGUUUGACAAUGAGGGAACUGUGGCUUUUGCUAUGUUCAUGGCAAUCUGGGCCACGCUAUUCCUAGAACUGUGGAAGCGACACCGAGCCAAACAUGUUUCCAAGUGGAAGGUCUAUGACUGGUGUGAGGAGGAGGAGGAACUGAUCAUGGAAAUAGUCAGUGAUCCCUUCUGCAAACCCAAACAGUUUAGACAUUCCUACUUGCGCAGCACUGUGGUCCUCAUCCUAGUAACACUCAUGCUGAUGCUGAUCAUCGGUCUUGCUCAUGCUCUGGUGGUGUUUCGAGUGGUGGCUGCCCCCUUGAUGUCUGAAUGCCAGUGGGAGUUUUUGAGAGACCAUGCCAACCCUGUGGCUGUGAUGUUUGGUGCUGUGCUGCACUACGUCACAAUUCAGAUCAUGACCCGGGUGAACAAAUGGGUGUCCUUCAAGCUGUGUAGUUUAGAGAAGCUGAACUCGUUUGCUGCUACAGAGAGGAGCUUCACAGUCAAGAUGUUCACCUUCCAGUUCUUCACUCUAUUCUCCUCUCUCUUCUAUGUGGCCUUUUUCCUGGGCAGAAUAAAUGGCAGUCCAGGAAACUAUGUGCGCAUUGCUGGGUUUCGACUGGAGGAGUGCCAUCCAAGUGGUUGUUUGACAGACCUUUUCAUCCAGAUGGCUGUGAUCAUGCUGCUCAAACAGACUCUAAACAACGUCUUUGAGUUCGUUGUCCCCUGGUUGAAGAACUGUUUACGUAGAAACACUACAAAAAAGCUGGAGAGGAAGUGUGGUCAUUGCUACAGGAAGACCUGCCGUGAUGAACAGGGACGUGUUGAACCAUGUGAUAUCUGCAAACUUCGUGACUGGCUGCGUAACUACCACUUGGCCAGCACUGAUGCCUUCAGCCUCUUCAAUGAAUUCCUGGAGAUGGUGAUCCAGUUCAGUUUCACCACCAUAUUUGUGGCUGCAUUUCCUCUUGCACCCUUUCUGGCUCUGAUCAACAACAUCUUUGAAAUCCGCCUGGAUGCCAUCAAGAUGGUCCAACUGGAACGACGGAUGAUCCCUAGGAAGACCAAUGACAUUGGUGUGUGGACAAAGGUUCUGGAGGCCAUUGGAGUGUUGGCAGUGAUUGCUAACGGUCUUGUCAUUGGAGUGACAUCAGACUUUAUUCCUCGCCUCGUCUACCGUUACCGUUAUGGUCCAUGUGCUACCGGAGUUGCUCAUACACACUGCAUGCAGGGCUACAUCAAUGACACUCUGUCCACAGCUUUUGUGAACCUGACCGACUCAGGCAGGGUCAUCACACAGUGCAGCUACAGAGACUACAGGAACGAGGAAUACACUCUGACUUCUCAGUUCUGGUUGGUCUUGGCUGUGCGCUUUGCCUUUGUCAUCCUCUUUGAGCAUGUUGUGGUGGUGUGUAAGUUCAUAGCAGCCUGGUUCGUCCCAAACAAUCCCAUUCAGGUGAAGAACGAUCGUCUGCAUGACAAACUGGCUCGACUGAAGGAGGAGUUUCGGGAAAUGAAACGCAGCAUGUCAACAGAUGUCUGAUCUCUCAAAGAUUACAUCAUAUCUGCUUCUAACUGGCUGAUGUGUGAAAUGGAAUGAUGGAAUCUUGUUUGCUUAAUUCAUAUUUACUGUUGGAACACCAGUCUGGCCUGUAACCCAACUACAGUAUUGCAUUAGUUGUUGUGUAAGGAUAUUAUGGGAGAGUUGUUUUCUCCUGCUGACAUGCCACCACACACCCAUCCCACUAUAUAUGACCAGCAGGGGAUUUCUUAUUUUAUCAAAGGGGGAAGCAUCUCUUUGCUACAACACCACCAACCAACACACAGACCCAUGUGCAUUAGAGGUGGCAGGUCAACAUGGAGGAUACAUUUAGUAAUUUUACAAACAAUCCCUCAAUUGCUGUCUGCACAUAACACAACAUCUGAUGUUUUUGUAUUGCACUGUGAGGAGAUCUUAUUUUUGUCAUUUACGUAACAUGUACUAUUAUGAAGCAGGCCCACGGAGUUAUUUUAAUAAAGGAACAGCUGAACGUU